GGCCCUGGAGAUGAGAAGGCCAAGAGUUCUUGCCCACCUUGAAACCCCUCCACUACUGGGCUGGAGGAGCUUUUCAAAGUCUCUCUGCUCCCCUGGGGAGACAGAGGUUGAGCAAGCGGUUUGGGUGGGAAAAGAGAACUGGAGGAAGUUGACAGGGAUGGGCGGGGCCGUGGGGGGGCUGACCAGGAACUCAGCUUCCUGCUUAGUACCCACACAUCCAGCCCCCGGCUCACCCCCACCCCUUCAAGCCCCCACUCCCCUCAGGAACUCCGGGUUCCGGCCCUCCUCCAAAUCCUUGCUACCCCUCCCCUGUUGGUUUCUCCCCUCCAGGGGAUGGAGGCUGACAGACUCCAGGAAGAAGAGGAUGGUGAGCAGGGCCCCCGUCAGGAUGAGCACAACUGGCCCCCUGUGAACACCACCACUCGGCCUUGGCGAUCUGCUCCUCCAUCCCCUCCUCCGGGGACCCGCCUCACAGCCCUGGGACGCCGCUCGGCCUCCCUGCUCUCCCUGCAGACUGAGCUCCUUCUGGACCUGGUGGCUGAGGCUCAGUCCCGUCGCCUAGAGGAGCAGAGGGCCACCUUCCAAGCCCCCCACAAUCCCCCAAGACUAGCCCCAGCCCCAUCCUGGUCUCUUGAAGACAGAGAACAGCUCUACAGCACCAUCCUCAGUCACCAGAGCCAGCGGAUGGAAGCCCAGCGGUCAGAGCCUCCCCUACCGCCAGGGGGGCAGGAGCUCCUGGAAUUGCUGCUGAGAGUUCAGGGUGGGGGUAGAAUGGAAGAACAAAGGUCCCAGCCCCCCACACACAUGUGCUGAGACUUGAGUCCCUACCAGUCCCUGGGCACUCACUCCUGAGGCUCAAAGCUGGGCAGCCCCCUGCAUACCCUCAACCCUGCUUGGCAAGGGCACCAGAGACUGGAUCCAGCAGAAACCUCAAUAUUCAUCACCCUAUUGACACCCCCUGGGAAGUGGAGGGGGUGAAAGUCCUCAAACCCAGGGAAUAUUCAAGGUAGGAUAGUCAUUUAACUCUCUCCCUGAGUACAUGGGAGCUUGAGGUAGCGAGAGGAUCCCAGCCACCAGAGGACACCCCAUCACCACCCUGAUCUCAGGGAGCGGCUUGGAGUCUUGGUCCCGAGCUGGGGGACACCCUCAGUAGUGGAACCAAUAGGCAGGAUCUGAGGGCUCAGGCCUCCAAUUCCCAAGAAAAGGCCAGUUUCCUAAGGUUGUGACCUGAGGGACAGUUCCACACUCUCCCAAAAAGAAGAAAGGGAGGGCGGCAGCGCAAAGAGGUAGAGACUAGCCUCCCACUCCCAGGACUAGCACCGCCCAGCCCCAGGGCCAGAAGGCCUACAGGCUGUUGAAUGGACACAGCCCUGACCACCGUCCUUCUCCACUGCUGCUCCGCGUCGGUCUGAUGUUUCGGUAGCAUGAAUAAACUUAACUCCCCUCUGGA